CUCUUCAUCACCUUUCAUCCACCACUGUACAACUGUUCAACUAUUCACUACAGAGGUCAGAUUCAGACUUAGCAAGCAGAUAUCAACAGAGGUAGUUAUACAAGAUGUCCGCCCAAUCUCAACAGAUUAAACAAAACUUUUUGAACCAUCCUUAUACUCAAAAUGCACAGAAGUUUGUUUCUCAACAAGUUAACAGUCUCGAUGCUGAGCUCAACAAAUACCCCAUGCUGCGCGACCUUGAGACUCGUACCAGAAUUCCUAAAGCUUACGGUGUCUUGGCCCUGGGAGCUUCCUCGGUCAUACUCAUCUUCUUCAACAUGUUCGGUCUCGCUCAGCCCGUGUCCAACAUGAUCGGUUGGGCUCUCCCCGCUUACUUGUCCAUCCAAGCUAUCGAGUCGCCGGGGACAAACGACGACAAACAAUGGUUGACGUACUGGGUCGUUUUCGGCAUGAUGAACCUCAUCGAAUCGAUGGGUGUCAGGGCCAUUCUCUUUUGGAUCCCGAUGUACUAUGUCUUCAAGACUUUGUUUAUCAUCUAUCUGAUGCUUCCUGCCACCCGAGGCGCCGAGGUUCUCUAUUUCAACGUGGUCCGACCCGUAUUUGGCAACGUCAAAGCCCGUGCCACUGCCUCGUCUACCAACACGAACCCUUUCACCAAGGACGCUUCUGGGUUCAGCAUGGCGGGUACGACUGCUCCUUCGAGCUUUGAACACGAGAAGACUUUGUGAUGAGAUUGAGACGUUUUACAGUCUGAUGGUCGGGACGAUAAUGUGACGACGUGACGAGGAUACGAGGAUACGAGGCGGCCCUUGGAUCUGUGUUUUUCGUACUGCGUUUUUCGAUAGUAUAUGAAUUGCGAUGUGAGUGGUGGG